AUGAUCACAGGGUUAAUUCAAGGAGUAUUAGCAUUACUAACUAAUACCUGGCAUACUUGGCUUAUAUGGCGUAUGCGAUUGCCCACAACUAUAACACCUAAUAAUGUAGCAUUACCGGUAUUAAAUAUUGCCGCUCUCAGUUCUUUAUUUUGGAUUAUAAUAUCGAUUAUUUAUGAAUGGUCUGAUUUAUGGUAUGAGAAAAGUUUGCUUCAACGAGUGCCAACAUUACCAUUUGCCGAAAUACGAAUAUUAUUGUUAAUUUCUAUUGCUAUUCUCAUCAAUUGGUUACUUCUUUAUACAUUAUAUCGGGCAUUUACCGAAAACAAGAAUGGUAUCGCUGGUAUACUUUUGAAAAGUGAUGACAAAGCAGCAUAA